UCAUUGAUAUCAUCUUAUCAUGCAACCAUGACAGUGACAGAGGUACCACAUCAGAGAUUAUAAGCCAUAUUGAAGGAGAAAAAACCCCAUUAAAUACAUCAUUCAAACAGGUUUAUCAAAGGGAAUAGAAAGCGAUGUUGAAGUCAUCAUCAAGCGAAGAUGAAUCUGAAAGUGAAGACUUUACCGAUGAAGGAUUUGGUCAUUCCAACCAGAAGAACUUCAGGGAGGGUGUGAGCGCAUCUAGUAACGAUAGCCUAGUCGUAGCUCAUUCGGGCAGCACUGUACACACCCGCUCAUUGAGCGAUCGCAGUGGAAGUGGGAGGCCUUCCAGUCCUAGCCAGUCUGUAAGUACAAGUAGUGAACCGGCCGGCAGAGAAGAAGAGAGAGCGUUAAGAGAGGAAGAGGAACAUAAACGUAGGCUGCAGCUGUACGUUUUUGUGAUGCGAUGUAUCGCCUAUCCAUUUAAUGCUAAACAACCAACGGACAUGGUAAGGCGUCAAACCAAGGUAACACGGCAGCAGUUACAGAUAAUAAAAGAUCGCUUUCAAACGUUUCUCAAUGGGGAAACACAAAUAGUUGCUGAUGAAGCAUUUUGCAAUGCUGUUCAAAGUUACUAUGAAGUGUUUCUGAAAAGUGAUAGAGUAUUAAAGAUGGUAAAUAGUGGAGGAUGCUCUUCCAAUGACUUCCGUGAAGUGUUUAAGAAUAAUGUUGAAAAACGUGUGCGCAGCCUUCCAGAGAUUGACGGCCUCAGCAAGGAGACAGUUUUAAGUUCUUGGAUGACAAAAUUUGAUGCUAUUUACCGUGGAGAAGAGGAUCAACGGAAACAGCCACAAAGGCUUUCAACGACAGCUGCAUCGGAGCUUAUUCUGAGUAAGGAACAGCUAUAUGAAAUGUUUCAAAACAUUCUGGGAGUAAAGAAGUUUGAGCACCAGUUACUGUAUAAUGCUUGCCAG